GCAAAAUGUUAUCCAAAUAGUAAACAAGACAUGGCGGCUUUCAAUAAUAACAAAAAUAUCCAACAUUCAAAUGAUCUUUUAAAUUAUUAUUUGUCAAUGAAUAUUAAUAACAUAUGUAGGAUAUGCCUGGAAAAAGGUCCGAAACUUAUGCCAAUUUUUGAUCCUGUAAAACCAGCACAUUUUUCAAUAUUAAUUAUGGCUUGUGCUGCAGUUCAGGUUUUACAAGGUGAUGGAUUACCCCCUUACAUAUGCCAGAAGUGUUUGUCAAAGCUUAACAUAGCAUUCCAGUUUAAAAAACAAUGUGAAUCAUCUGAUGCAAAAUUACGGCAGUGUUUUGAACAUUUUCACAAUCUUCCUCCAACUCCAGAUUUUACUGGUUUUAUAGAACUGAAAAAAGAUAAUCACACUGAAGACACCUUUAGAGAAAACAAUGAUGGAGGAACAAAUAAUAUAACUCAUAUUGAAACAUCAAAUAAUCUUUAUGUGGGGGAAAUACAUAAUACAUUGAUUGAAUCAUCAGAUACACAAAUAUUACAAACAGUAGAGAUGGGUACAGAAGUUGAUACAUCAAUGUAUGAUAUCCAUAAAACUAAUUUAUUGGAGCUGAAACCUGACUUUGGCGAAAACAAACAGGAUAUCAAGCUAGAGGAUAUUAUUUCAGUUAAUCCUAAAAAAGUUAAAAAACCAAAGCAACAUCAAUGCAACACAUGUGGUAAAGUUUUUAGAACGAAGCCUGGAUUGGUGCACCAUAUCCGUAUACACACUGGUGAAAGACCAUAUGUUUGUCACAUUUGUGAAAAGAGGUUUAUUAAUGGGGGUCAUCUUCACACGCAUAUGAGAACACAUACGGGAGAAAAGAAUCAUGUAUGUGCUGCCUGCAAUAAAGCAUUUGCUACUGCCCAGCAAUUAACAAAACAUACAAUAGCUAUUCAUACAUCAGAGAGGCCAUAUGGAUGCACAUAUUGUCCUAAGAGGUUUGCCAGUUCAAGUAAUCUUAAUACCCACACAAAAAUUCAUACUGGAGAAAAGAAUUAUCACUGUGAUCAAUGUGCGAAAGCAUUUUCUACAAAAGGACAACUCUACCAACACAUGCUAGUGCACACUGGUGAAAAAGCUUUCUUAUGUGACGUUUGUAAUAAAAGAUUCUCACAGAAAGCACAUUUGGUUAGACAUUUUAAGACUCAUAGGACGUAAAAUACAAACAUUGAUGUUUUGAGUUUUAUUAGUUAGACUAUGGCCAAUUUUCGAAGAUCGGCAUAUUGAGUAAAGUUUCCUAUUAAAUAAAAAGCAAGUUGAAGACAAGGAACAAGGAUGUACAACUUUAAAGGAAUGGAACAUAGACAAAUAGAAGAAAAUUUGUUUAUUAUUUUUAGAGCAUUUAUUGCACAUACAAAAUAUACAAAUACCUAAUUUGGCAGUAUUUAUUGAAAUAAUAAAUUACAACUUAUUUUGUAAUUGAUCUCGAACUACUGUAUAACUUCUGUUUAAGAUAUUCUGGGGAAUAAAUUUUUC